AUGGUCAAGUCAUCACGACCACCGGCGAACGGCUUCGUCGCAGCGGCCCGCAAGGUGUACAACCCGCUUGGCUUCUCCAAGGGCUACAACUUUGUCCUCUUCUUCAUCUUUGGGGUGGGCAUGUUUGGCUUUGUGCUCGCCCGCUUCCCUUAUCUCAACUUCCGGGGCAUAUACUGCAGUGGCAAAGGUGGUGCCACCAUGGGCGCUCUGCCCGGCGAGUGCUACUACUACCUCAAGCCGGGCCGGUACCAGGUUGGCAUCAUCAUGCACCUUGCCUGCGUGCUGCCCGCCACCGUGCUUGCGUUGCUGCAGUUCAUCCCUGCCAUCCGACACAAGGCUAUGCUGUUCCACCGCAUCAACGGCUACGUUACUAUCGCACUAUCUCUCGCGGGUACCGUCGGGGCGCUGCUCAUCACCGACAAGGCCUUUGGCGGAGGACUCGACGUGCAGGCCGCCGCGGGCACGCUCGCGAUCAUGUUUACCACCGCACUAAUCAUGGCGUACAUCAACAUCAAGAAGCUCCAGAUCGAGCAGCACCGAGCCUGGAUGCUGCGGGCUUGGUAUUAUGCCGGCGUCAUCCUCACCACCCGCAUCAUCCUCGUGCUGGGCGCCAUGAUAGGCAGCAGGGCCAAUGACAUGUAUAUUGGCAUGCUGUGCGCCAAGGUCGACUUCAUGAUGCAGAGCAAGCCAGCCGUGCUGGCAGCGUUCCCGGGUUGUGCGCCCUUCUAUUCAGGCCAGGAUGCCGCCGUCCACGUUGCUGUCCAUGCGGCCAACCCCGGAGCCAACGUCGCCGAGGUGACUGCCGCAUUCAACGCUACGUUUGGAAUGGCGCUCUGGCUGGCGCUGGUGCUGCAUGCAGUCGGUAUCGAGAUUUAUCUUCACCUGACGCCUGCCGAGGCCCUCCGGCUCCGCAACAUCUCGUAUCAGCGGCAGAUGGCUGCGGGCAUGCGCAACCCCGGCAACGCAGGGCUCACAGCCCAGCGGCUGGGCGACGCGCCCGAGUACGUGCCCGACACGCAGCAAGAGCGGUCGUCGUCGGCAGACAAGUUUGAGCCCAUGCGGUAUAGCCCGCGUGACUACAGCCCCGUCCACACGGGCGUGUGAGCUCUGGUUGAUAGGUGGCUGAUGCUUCUGAAAUGCAAACGUGAGCGCUGAUCGACGUGUCAUCUUUUGUCAACCAGGUCGUCGGUCCGGGAUAAAGGAUGGAGGUGAAGGAAAACACCUAGAUGCUUGGAUGAGAAGGAGGCUCGUGGUAGAGCCAGGAUGCAUAUGGGGAUUGCGAUGCACCAG